AUGUUCAACAUAAAGGAUGGAGAAAGUAUUGAUGAAGUGUUUGAGAGAUUCUCAAUCAUAAUCAACAACCUUGAUGCUUUGGGUACAACCUACUCAGAACAAACUCUAGUGAGAAAAAUCCUUAGAAGCCUCACAAAGGAAUGGGAAAUGAAGGUCACUGUUCUAGCCGAAAGCAAUAAUCUAAGUCCCAUAACAUAUGAUGAGCUGAGAGGGAAACUCCUUGCAUAUGAAACCACAAACACGAACCAAGACUCAAAGAAAAAGGGAAUAGCCCUUAAGUUAAGAGUUGAAUCAAAAGAAAGUGAUUCUAGUGACAGUUUUUCAGAUGAUGAACUUGUGUUUUUUGCUAGGAGACUUAGAAGGCUAAUGAGGAACAAAGGCAAGUACAAAGGUUCAAGCUCAAAGGAGUACAAGAAGGACAUGAAUAAAGUGAUUUGUCACCAUUGCAAGGAGGCUGGAAAUCUCAAGUAUAAUUGUCCGAAACUCAAAAAGGAGGAUAAAGGAAAGAAAGAAAAGAAGAGAGUACUCAUGGCAUCUUGGGAGGAUCUUGAAAAUGAUUCAGAUGAGGAAGAAGACUCCGAAUGCGAAGCUCAAAUCUGCUUCAUGGCUGGUGAUGAUCAACUCGAUGAGGUAAAUUGUUAUGAUUUAUCUAUAGAUGAUUUACAUGUUAUCAUUGAUGAUCUCACCCUCAAUUCUAAAAAACUGUGGAACAAAUACAAUAAAUAUAAAUCUGAAAAAGUAAUAUUAAAAGCUGAAAAUGAUUUUUUGAAAGAAAAAGUGAAGGAAAACGAAUGUGCUUUGGAUAUUAUUGAAGAAAAUAGAUUUCUGAAAUCUGAACUUAAAAAACUAAAAGGAAAGCACAUUGUGGAUCCUUCUCAAGAGCUAGUUGCUGAAAACGAAAGAUUAAAUGAAAUGAUUAAAAGAUUGAAUAGUGAUUUAGCAAAGUUUGCUCAUAGCUCUAGUAACUUGGACAAACUACUUGCAAAUCAAAGACCAUUAUUUGAAAAAUCUGGUUUAGGAUAUGUGAUAAAAGAUGAUGCAGUUUUUGAUAACUCCUCCACAAAAUUCAUGGCCUCUUCCUCAAAAACAAGAUCCUUCAUUAACAAAUAUGGUAUGGGACACAUUCCCACCAAUGAAGAGGAAUUUGAAAAUUCUUAUUUUAAGGAAACUGAAUCAUCUUUAAGAACUUAA